CCUUCACUAAUCACACUGUCUCAGUUGUCGGUGAGGCCGGCUGGGCGGAUCCUCACUUUUCAAAGAGAAAAUAAAGCAACACAAUAAAAAUAAUAAUAUAUAUAUAUUUUUUAAACAACCUUUGCUAUUGCAUUUCUCUCGUGAAUAAGCUUUCCCCCAGUGGAACAUAAAGAUGCCCUCAGCAAUGAAUGGUAACAGGACAGUGCAGUCGGCCAGCCCAGAUGUGGGGUCUGCUCCUGGACAGAUCACCUUGGGCGGAGGACAGUCCUCUGGGGCCCAGACCGAGGCAAUGAAGCAAGUCCUGGGCGUCGUCGACAAGAAAGUCCGGAACAUGGAGAAGAAAAAGGGCAAGCUGGACGAUUAUCAAUCGAAGAAGAAUAAAGGGGAACGUCUCAACCAGGACCAACUGGAUGCCCUGACCAAGUACCAGGAAGUGACUAAUAACCUGGAGUUUGCCAGGGAGUUACAGAAGAGCUUCCUGUCACUGGGACAAGAUAUCCAGAAGGCGGUGAAGAAGGCGGCGCGACGGGAACAGCUGCAGAGAGAAGAGUCUGAGCAGAAGAGGCUGAAGACUGUCCUAGAGCUCCAGUUUCUCCUGGACAGGCUUGGAGAGGACAGUGUGAGGCAGGAGCUGAGACAGGGGCCUGCCACUGUUGACACACCCUCACUCCUCACCGACACGGAGCUCACUGCCCUGGACGAGCUCUAUAAACUAGUGGGACCAGAACCAGAUCAAAACACCAGAUUUACUGACCAGUACGAGGAGGCUUCUCAACACCUCAUGGAUCUGUUGGAGGGGAAGGACAAAGCAGUGGCAGGAACUACGUACAAAGCUCUGAAGGACAGCCUGAACCGAGUGCUGCUAAGUGGGUACUUUGACCAAGCCCAGUCUCACCAGAAUGGAGUGUGUGAGGAGAGCGAGGAGCAGGCCGUCGCUCUAGUGGAGGAGACAGAGGAGAAGGCCGUAGUGGAGGAGACCGAGGAGAAGGCCGUCGACCCAGAGGGCGAAAUAGUUGAAGAGUACAUAGAGCCCAUUGAGGUGGAAGCUACAGAGUUCGUUAACAGACAAUUCAUUCUAGACACCACAUACAGCGACAAGGAGCAAGGAGACGAGUGGACCACUGAAACGGAGGUGGUGAGUACCAUCCUGCAACAGCCUGUACAGUCAGCCCCUCCCCCUAUCACCACAGAGGCCCAAUCACUGAACAGGACCACGCCCCCAGGCACACCCCCUGCAGACCCGGUGGUCAGGAAGCAGGAGGUCCAGAACCUCUUGUCACAGAUGCAGGGCCCUUACAACUUCAUGCAGGACUCAAUGCUGGAGUUUGAUGGGCAGCCCAUCGACCCGGCCAUCGUAUCGGCCCAGCCCAUCGUAUCGGCCCAGCCCAUCGACCCGGCCAUCGUAUCGGCCCAGCCCAUCGACCCGGCCAUCGUAUCGGCCCAGCCCAUCGACCCGGCCAUCGUAUCGGCCCAGCCCAUCGACCCGGCCAUCGUUUCGGCCCAGCCCAUCGACCCGGCCAUCGUUUCGGCCCAGCCCAUCGACCCGGCCAUCGUAUCGGCCCAGCCCAUCGACCCGGCCAUCGUAUCAGCCCAGCCCAUGAAGCCUCCAACACAGAACAUAGACCUGCCUCAGAUGGGCUGUCCCCCAGCCCACCCAGAAUCGUGCUUCUCACCACACACUGUUUCUGUACAGCCUGAGGCCACACAAGUCCCCAUGGUGUCCCCCACGCCCGAGGUCUACUCCACGCCGCCUCCCAUGUUCCACUCGUCACACGCGGCAGAAUCCCGACCGCAGACCGAGUCCAUCGACACCAUCCAGGUGUCCCUGUCGUCAGAGCAGCCCCCUGCCUCCUCCUCUCAGACCCAGGUCUUCCAGUCUGUCAACGGGCCCAAACCCCCACACAGCUCCGGCAUCAAUGUCAACGCAGCACCAUUCCAGUCCAUGCAAACAGUAUUCAACCUCAACGCCCCUGUCCCGCCAGCCAAUGAGACGGAAGCCUUGACCCAGGCCAGCCAAUACCAGAACAGCUACAGCCAACAGGGCUUCAGCAGCCAAUCACAGCAGACGGAUAUGCAGACAGAACAGCUGCAGUCUGUAGUUAGUGCCUUCCACUCCCAGGACCUAUCCCUGCCCAGCCAGGACUUGUCCCAGAGGCAGCAGCUCAGCCAGCAGGGUACAGGGUUUGGCCCUGGGGCCAGUCACCAGGCUUUCUACAACAGCAGAGGCAUGACCCGCGGAGGGCCACGUAAUGCCAACGGCUACAAAGGGUCUGCCUUCACCAACACUCCUAACUCUGGAUACCAACAGGCCCAGUUCAACACACCUCGGGACUACUCCAACGGGGGCAACUACCAACGCGGGGACGGUUAUAAUCAGGUAGACCGUGAAAUGCUGAAUCAGAACUACAAACGUGGUGCGGGUCAGGGACCCAGAGGUGUAUCUCGAGGAGGCAAUGCCCAGGCCAUCAGGUCCUGAUCGGGCCUGUUUGACUGACUCCGACUGGUGGUUCCAACUCACGUCUUGUCCUCUUGGCCCUGGCCCCAACAUUUCAAUGUUUUCAGAUCGAAGGGAUCACACACACCGUACUGAAUGUUGAUCUGCUGUUUGUUCAGCGACCACCUGAUCGCUGGUGGACAUGUGACAUUUUUGUGCGACUCUACGUGUAAGAUCUGUUUGCAGUCAACACUCUGAAUAGAAGUGUUAAGUACUCUCAGCUGGAAAAAGCUACUUACUGGUCUGUCUGAGCCUUAAAACGUCUGGAGACGUAAAACCGGUGUAGUGGUAGACUGAUUUAGGUCUCUUUUUGUUGUUGUCCUGAGUGGGACAAAGAUGCAACAAUCGCAUGUGGAGUUUCCACCAUAUUGCGUCUUACAGAUCUGUAAAAAAAGAAAUGUAAGGGUCCAAGGUGGUGGUGGUGGGGGGGUGGUGGUGUAAGGAGCGAAUUGGGACAGGUUUUGACUGAGCGACAACAUGCCACACUUAUUCAAGAUAUCCAGAAUGCAGUUUGCACCCACCUCACUUUUUAUUUGUCAUGUGGUCCUCAUUAGAUUAAAAAAUCAUAAUAAUAAUUAAAAUCCUGACUUUUGGAUCAGUCAUGCCUGCUUUGCCAUUUAAAUGAAAAAAUAUUUGUUUUAAAAGGAGUCUGAAUAUACAAGCCAAGCUGUAAAUCCGACAAAUGGUUUUAAGCAUUCCCUGUUUUGAAACAAAUAUUCCUGUAAACUUGAAAGUUUUCAUUUUUACACUGUCACUGCUGGUCCGAGCCCCCAGGAGUACUUCUCUGUUCUCUUGCCCAGCCCCCCCCUCCCACAUAAUGUGAUUUUGGGUUCUAAAAAAAGUAUUUUGUUUUUAAUUGUUUUUUAAAGGAUCUCUCAAUUCCUCAGUUUGUAAAUUGAUGUUGCAUCGAAUGGUUUCAUUAAAGAUGAUGUUGCAUUAUC